AUGAUGGGAAAAUGUGAACAAGUUGGUCCAAUGAAUCGAAUUGAUUUAAUGCAAUUAAUGCUUGAAUCAGCAUCGAACGAGGAUUUUAUUCAAGAUGGUCAAACAUCUGCAGUGAAAAAAGAGGAGAAAGAUAACGAGCCACCACUAAUUCGAAAACUUACUAGACAUGAAAUUGCAUCUAACAUUUAUCUAUUCAUGCUUGCCGGUUAUGAAACAACAAGUACAGCACUUAGUUAUAUUUCUUAUGUUCUUGCAACUCAUCCAAAGGAGCAACAAAAAUUACAAGAACAUAUUGAUAUUCAUUUCGAUCCUAAAACAGAAGAUGAUAUGCCAUCUUAUGAUACAGUAUCACAAAUGGAAUAUUUAGAUAUGUUUAUUCGAGAAACACUUCGCAUGUAUCCCAUUGUACCAGUAGUAGUCAAUCGGCAAAGUUCAGAAGAUUUUCAUAUCGAAGGUAUUGGUACGAUUCCAGCUGCAUGGAUUCCAUUUGGAGCUGGACCAAGAAAUUGUGUUGGAAUGCGUUUUGCUUUUGUUCAAAUCAAAAUGGUACUUGUUCGUCUUCUUAAAACAUAUUCAAUAGUCGGUUGUGGUGAUCAAACAUGUAAACCAUUCGAAAAUCUCAAAGAAUAUAUCGUAAUUGCACCAAAACAAGUUAUUGUUCGUUUACAACGUCGAAAUGAACAUUAUAAUUAA